AUGCCGAGGACUUCCAUCAACGGAAAAGUAAAUCUGGCGGUGGAUUUGGGCGACCCAUUUCUCAAUCACGUUGUUGAUGGUUUCUUCAAGAUUGGGACUCUGAAGAAAAUGUGUAAAGAAGAUGCAUACUGGGGCACAGUUGCUGGACUUUAUGUUGGACUGGAGUACGGGGUGGAGAGGCUCCGAGGAACCAGAGACUGGAAAUAUGCGAUGGUUGGCGGUGCGUUGACCGGUGCACUUGUAUCAGCAGUGGGAAACAACAACAGGGACAAGAUUGUGUUGGAUGCUAUAACUGGAGGUGCUGUUGCCACUGCUGCAGAGUUCAUCAGCUAUCUCACAUGA